UGUGUUUGUUGUGGGGAACCUAAAAAUCUACCGGAUCGACAGGAAGCAGAAGGCUCAGAGACACGGAUUAGACUCUGUUUUGUUGAAAGAAGCGCGAUCAGUUUCAGCAUCACUUAAGAAUUGGCCAUUAAAACCUGGAUGGCAGUCGUAAAACUUGCCCCAGUUGCAGAAUCAAUACCGCUGUCCCCCGGCGAUCUAAUGGAUUGUACUUGAGGGAACUUUGUUUGCUCACUUGGACUGGCGAUGAAAUAGGAUCAGACUUUGACAGAAGGUUCAAAGCAAGUUUUAGCAAGCACAAGCUGGAUGAGGUAAUGGUGCAGGUGGAGAUUUUGAAUGAACAUAUUGGCAGUUGGCAGAGUUUGAAGCAGAUCUGGCUGGCAAGUUUUAUCUUUAAAGAUGGCUGAUGAGAACAGUGUGUUAAAUGUCUGCACAAGUUCAGAUUGUUAUUUUUUGGGGGGUCGGGGGCUGGUGAGACCAACUGGUUCCACCAUUAACACUGUGGAAUGACUUCGGUCUUCGGAUGAUGUUUUUUUUUAACAGUUAAGUUACAUUCAUUACAAGAAAGCCGCGGCUGGUUGAAGAAGUGACAAUGUUUCUGUACUGGAAGAAGCGUGGUGCCUAUGAAGUGGAGGCUUUGCCAUCGUCUCUCACUCAAGUGGGAAUAGAGCGCUACUCAUGGUCGUCAUCCCUGGACGUCAUCCAUGACCUAUGUGAUGACAAGCCCGUCCAGGAGGAGGACGGGGUGGUAUGCCAGCACCCCGAGUGUACUGAACGCCGCCGGGCCUCAAAGGUUUGCCACCACCCAGACUGCCAGGACCUGAACAGCAAAAGCCCCCUUCACCUGUGUGAGUCAUGUGACUCACGCUGCCAUUCGGAGAACACAGACAACAUGCACUUUGAUCGGCACCCCCGAUUCGACUUACAACCUCAAGCCUCCAUCCUGGCUCGGAACGUGUCCACGCGCUCCUGUCCCCCACGCACCAGCCCCCCCUCCGACCUGGAGGAAGAGGACGAGGGGAGCAAUGACCGCGGGGAGCGUAAAACGGUGGCGAUAAAGUUGGCGAAAAAGAAGCCACGGAGACGACACACUGAUGACCCCAGUAAGGAGUGCUUCAGCCUGAAGUUUGACCUCAAUGUGGACAUAAACACAGAAAUUGUACCUGCUAUGAAAAAGAAAACGCUGAGAGAGGUUCUAGGUCCAGUUUUCGAGAGGAACGGCAUUGAAUUGUCCCGGGUGGACUUAUUCCUGGAUCAGUCCAAUACGCCGCUGUCCCUCAACUUCGAGGCCUACCGUUUUGGAGGACACUACCUCAAAGUAAAAGCACGACCAGGUGAUGAGCUGAAGGUAGAGCAAGGUGUGAAGGACCUGCGGUCGCUCAGCCUGCCCAACAUGAAGCCCUCAGGAGGUCAGAGCCCCUACAUCCUCACCCCGGGCAACGACAAAGUAGAGCAUGGAUCUCUGGGACGCCGCGAAAGCAUAGAUCUGUUGGGUCAGGCGCGUCGGAGGAAGAACAUGACGGAAUUCCUGGGGGAGACGAAUAUUCCAACCCCGGACGCUCUGGGGCAAAUCGGUGGCUCUCUGCCCAGCGUCGGUGCUGGACCUGACAGCUGGAAGAACCGAGCUGCCAGUCGCUUCAGUGGAUUCUUCAGCUCCAGCGCCGGAGCGGGACCCUUCGUCAAGGAGGUGGAUCGUCUGGAGCAGCUUCAGAGCAAACUCCACUCGUACACGCUGUUCGGGCUGCCCAAGGUACCGCGGCAGCUCUCCUUCCACCAGGACUCCUGGGAGGAGGAGGAGGAGGCGACCAACCUGGCCCUGGAGGACAGCUGGCAGAUGCUACUGGACAAUUCAGGCCAGACGCUGACAAAGCGGCAGUUCCACCAGCAGGAGGCAAUCUGGGAGCUGCUGCACACCGAGGCUACCUACAUCAAGAAACUCCGAGUCAUCACUGAUUUGUUCCUGUGUGGGCUGCUGAACCUGCAGGAGAGUGGUCUGCUGAUGGAGGUCGAGCCCGCCAAGCUGUUCAGUAACAUUCAGGAGAUCGUCCUCCUCCACACCUCCCUAUGGAACCAGGUCAUGCUGCCAGCCCUGGAUAAGGCCAGGCAGGCUCGGGCUCUGCUCGACCCCACUGACCUUCACCUCGGCUUCACAACGUUUGGCUCCAGGUUCCAGCCCUACAUCCGUUACUGCAUGGAGGAGGAGGGCUGUAUGGAGUACAUGCGCACGCUUCUCAGGGACAACGAGCUCUUUAGGACCUACGUCACGUGGGGAGAGACCCAUAAACAGUGUAACCGUCUGAAGCUGGCCGACAUGGUGGCAAAACCUCACCAGCGACUGACCAAAUAUCCCCUCCUACUGAAGAGUAUUCUCAAGAGGACAGACGAGCCGUCAGCCCGUGACGCCGUCAGCAGCAUGGUGGUGACAGUAGAGGACUUCAUCAACAGCGUGGACUCUCAGAUGCGACAGCGGCAGGAACAGCAGAAGUUGGCAACCAUCUCUGCCCGUAUAGACUCGUACGAGGCUGUAGAAGGCAGCAGCGAAGAAGUGGAGAAGAUCCUUAAGGAGUACAACCGUUUCGACCUUAUGGCUCCAAUGAGAGGGGUAUCACCGGAGGAGACUCGACAGCUACAUCUAGAGGGAGCGCUGAGGAUGAAAGAGGGCAAAGAUAGCAGGAUGGAGGUCUACUGUUUCCUGUUCACUGACCUGCUGCUAAUUACCAAGCCAGUAAAAAGAGUGGAGAAAGUGAAAAUUAUCCGCCAACCCCUCCUCAUUCACAAUGUUGUCUGUAAAGAGCUCAAAGACCCCGGCUCAUUCAUCCUCAUCUACCUCAAUGAGUUCAAGAGUGCAGUGGCAGCCUACACUUUCCAAGCCAACAGCGCCACCCAGGGGCGGAGCUGGAUAGAUGCUGUCUGCAACGUCCAGAACCAGCUGCAGAGGCUUCGUACUGAGGAGAUCCUCCGGCAGCAGAACAGUCUGAAGAGAUGUACGGAGGGUAAUGAAGAGGAGGAGGAAGACGAAAGCAGCAAUUCCACGACAAGUUCGCCAUGCCUGCGGCACAAGGAUCAGCUGAACUCAAGUCAAUCAGAUGGUUCCACUGAGACCCUGUCAGUGAUGGACGUUGAUGAGCCCGGCGAACAUCAAGAGUCUCCUGCCUCCAAUGUGAUCCUUGAGGAAUCCACUAAUAAAGACUCAGACUCUAAUGUGGGUCCCUUUUCUGAAAGGCCUGAGGUCCAGCAGAACACGAGCCCCCACAUAAUCCACUCCAGUAUUUAUUCUGAGCACAAUCAGGAGGCGGGGCCUGACGGUGAGGAGCUGGACCCCCAGUGUCGCUCCCUCUCCAUGGACAGCGCCUACGGUACCCUGUCACCUGAAUCCCUCCUGAGAGAACUGCAGCCGCAGCCUGGCCAAAGUGAAGGAGAGGAGACAGAGGAGGAAGAGGGAGACAGGGAGGGUCAGGGUGAGGCAGAAAUAAAGGAGGAGGACGAGGAGGAGGAGGAAGAAGAAGAGGAGGAUGCCUCUCUGGGUUCCCAGCUGUCAGUAGUCCAGUCCUCCUGUAAACCUCGGCGGCGGCCUCACGUUCAGUCGCGCCUCCACUGCCUCCAGAGGUUGUCCUCUCUAAAGUUGUCCCGCUCUGAGGACAAUCUCCUGCAGCGAUUCCACGGUAAAACUCCCAUCUCCCACACACACUCGCUAAGCUCUGAGGCUCAGGACCAAUCACAGUGUGUGGACACGUUGCUGGCACACAGUAGGAGCCUGUCAGAGCUGGGACAAAAGGUCAGGGAGGUGAUUUCCAGUGAACUCAACCAAUCUGACGACUGCUUGAGCAUGACCUUGCCCUCUGACAAACUCAGUGUCGCCCCUGCUGGACCAUGUGAGGGUAAUGAGUCCCCAAACAACAGCUCAGAUGGGGAAACAGCUCCAUCUGCCAGCCUAGAUAAGAAAUGCAAGUCAAGGGCAACAAGUGAUUCGGAGGAAACGUCACCUGCAAAGAGGAAAUCUCCAGCCCAGCAGCACAAGAAGCUGACACUAGCUCAGCUGUACAGGAUACGCACCACUCUGGUCCUCAACUCCACACUGACGGCAUCGGAGGUGUAACCUCAUCGUCUGUCCAGAGGCAUGCAGACAUUACAAGGAACAACACACUUGUUUUUUUUUUUUGUUUUUUUGUUUUUUAUGAGGAUGGACUGAAUUAUUUGAGACAUGAAUGCACUCUCUCUCUUACUGCUCUCUCCCUUCCUGUUGGUUUUUUGGACAGUGACUGUACNUUUUUUUUUUUUUUUUUUUACAUUUUGACAAUAACAAUCCCUUUUUGUGUUUUCUUUUUUUGCUGUUGCAUUGGUUUCCGAAUUUCUCAAAACGGAAGGGAGAGGCAGAGAGACACUAACUGCUUGCACUUUGCAACAGAAGUAGCAUUUUGGGGGCUGGGACCUUAAGGUGGACUUGGGGAGUGUUAACGGGAUGGACCUCCUGCCCCUGCAGAGAGAGCAGACAUCCGGGCAGAGGCCUCCAGACCUCGACCCUGCACUCUAGAGGAGGUGCAGCUGAAUCCUGCACCUCCUUUCUCUCCUGACUUGAAGAGAGGGACACCAAAUCUUGAAAAUGCUCUCUACACAUGGCUAAAAACAUAAGAUAAAGACAGAACAGCACCUGGGACGACCUCCUGAUACUUGUACUACUCCUGGUUUGCUUCAACAAAAGAAAAAAAAUGAAAAUUGCACAGUUAUCGUUGUUAAGUAGAAGAAUCACUAAAAGGGUGAACUUUACAUUUACAGUCACACAAUGAAUUUGUUGUUUGUGUUUGCUUGUGUACAGAUGUAUGAAUGUGUGUUUGAAUGAUAUGUGCUCUUUGAUUCCUGACUGAACCAAAAAACCAAUCCCCAUCUCCCAUGAACGUGCUAAUGCACCCAAAGACGGAAGACCUGUGUAGCCCAAAGACAAAACAGCUGCGUCACCACAGAGAUGGACUUCUGCUGCCUUCAAAUGGAACUUGCAAGCUUUUGAUUACUAUUUGGGAAAGUUGUGCACAUGAAACACUUGGUGCUCAAAUGGUGGCAGAAGUUGUGAUAACACCGCUGCUAAGAAACAGCAGUAUGGGUGUUACUGUCGGCUUCUAGAAGCCACUGUGAAUACAAAUUUAAUGAGCUAAUUAGUGGGAAAUGCAAACGCACAAUGAAACGAGGAGGCUGCUGGAUAUACGAACAUUCUCCUGAGACAGUAUAAUAGAUUGAAUUACAAUAUAUUACCUGACAAUCCACUGAAAUAUGAACUUCUGUGCCAUUUCUAAAAAAAAAUGCCAGCAUACAUGACUCCAUUUGAAGGUAGCAUUCCUUCUGUAAGUUUUUGAUUGGUAUGUCGAACUAGUGACAUGUUUCAGAUAAAAGAAUAAAAAAAGACUGAAUAUGGAUGACUAAAGCUGUUUUGUGGAAUUUCCUGCACUAUAUAUAUUUUGGCGUGAAGCAUAAAUGUAUUAAUACUAUAUGUGCAAGUGCACAAAGCAGAACUGGGUCACAGGAAUGAAAAAAAAAAGUCUACACUUGUCUGCGUUUCUCUGCCAUUAACAGGUUGAAGAAAAAGGUUUGGGGUGAAUAUUUUGUCAUGAGUGAAUCUGCAGAGCUUUGGCUGAACAGCUUUCACCAGGAGAUUUAAAACAAACAAAAAACUUAACAUUCAUACACUGACGUUUGGCUUUUCACAUCAGUGAUUAUUAACCUUACUCCAAACAUUGCCCAAACCAAAUAGGUUAACUUUGUUUACUUUUAGUUUUUUUUUUGUUUAUGUGUAAUAUUUAUUAUGCCUGCUAUGUUUUAUAUAUAAGAUAUUGUUUAUAUUGUUCGCUUCCAUGAUUUGUAAAUUUUUUUUUUCUUUCUUUGUCGAUGUAGUCUUAAUAUUUUUUUUUCUUGCCAGGCAUUAAUGUGCUAUGAACCAAAAUCAUGUGUUUCCUCUUUCAGGAAUGACUAAAGUGUCUUACGAAAUAAAAUAAUCAAAAAAAAAAAGCUAAAACACUUUACAAUCCCUCUUUUAGUGGUUUAAUCCAAUGUAAUGGAGUGAUUUGAGGUGAGAUGCUGAAGCUAAAUGGCAUCGCAUUAAACAACAUGAACCGGU